AAAAGAAAAGGUUUUUUCAAGUUUUCGUAGGCCGUACAGAAUCUUUCGCUCUUGAUCUCCAUUUCCCGCAGUUGCCUUUGCGUUGUUGCUACUUCUGAAUGCUCACGUCGGAGAUCAUAUUAUCGUCACCAUGUCCCAGACGUCUAAUAGUACUUUGAGUGUUCUGGACCGAGAUGUCUGCAUGCUGCUGGUCGAAAUGCGUUCGGAUAAGGUAACCGUUCGCCAGAAAGCUGUCAGUAGAAUGCUGAUGAUUGCGAACGGUCGUACCGAAGAGUUCUCAUCCUACAUCGACUCGGAGCAGUUUGAAACGGGUUGGAAUGAUGUAUUCGAUGCCACCUACCACAGCAUACUAAAGCAAGCCCAUUCCACCAGUGCUACUGUGAAGGGCAAAAACGACGAUUAUGUCGUGCUCAUACACAAAAUAGCCGAGUGUGCCAUGCUGGGAGAUGCGGCCCGUCUUACAUUCCAACAAUUGAUCGAUUACGCACUUCAAGGGCUUGAGGAUGAUGCUAUCAGGACGCAUUUUGGGCUUUGUUUCGUACAGCUAAUACAAAAGCACGUGCUGGGAGUGAAGUGGGAUCUUACAACCAUUUCUUACGAGCAUUGGCGAUCUCUAAUUGAUAAGUGCUUCGUGCUGCUGGAUGAUGUCCAACUGGGAAAACAAGUGCUUCAAUGUCUUUCUCUGGCUAUUCGCAAAUUCCUCGGGAACUGCUCUAAAACCACGUUCCUGGCAAAUUAUUUUCCUCGGUUGAUGGAACAAAUUCGCCAUACUGAGAAGAACAAAAGCAUGCAUGAACUGAUCGGAAUUGCAUUGCAUGUAGUGCAGGCCGUUGCUGUGGAUGGCAGGGUAAAAGCGCAGACUUUCGUAUCCUCCCUAAAACCAUACCUUGUGAAGGCAUACGAAGUCAAGAUGGCGGAUGAACAGAAAAUUGUUCUAUUUCGCUUAAUGCACCUUUCGUUGAUACUUGAUAGCCCAGGAGGUAAUCUUCGGCCAGUGCAGGACGAUAGACUGACGGACGAGUUGCCUGCUCCUUCAAUCGUUCCGCAAGAGCGAAGCAAACAGUUGCGCCAGUUAUUCUCCAUUGUUUCGGCGGAACUGAAGGAACUACUGUCGAGGAGCUACGCUCCAAAGUAUACAACUCCGGAACGAGAAAUGAAAUUUGUGGACGGAUUCCUUGAUUUUGCUGCUAGACUGUGCUAUACGAUUUAUUGGGAUGAAAAUGGAUGCGUGGUAAACGAAGAGAGUGGAGAAUCUUCGUCAAAAAGGGCUAAAAAAUGUAGGAAACUACAAAGCUUGAUGGAUUUUGCUAACACGACCUCCAGUCCGAAUAACAUGUGCUGGUUAAUAAUUCUUUCGCUUCUUCUGGAACGACAUUGCAUGGAACCACUACAACCGGAAGACUUUCAGCCGCUGUUGCAGCAGCUGAGCGAACUACAACCUGCAGUACAAUCUGUCGAGCAGCAUCGAGCAUUCUACCGUUGCUGCGAGGCAUUGUUACAGUAUGAAGAAACACGGAUGAUCCGUUCCUCAAUGGGCGAUGCACAGUUUUGCGGUGAUUUGUGGAGCAUGAUUCUCAAAGCCGCCUGUCGGUCUAGCUCCAGUACAUCAUUGGCCAUUGCCGAGGAAAGCUGUAGACUAAUGCAGCUUUUGAUUCGAUACCGCAAGUAUCCAAGCAUUGAUUUACUGCAUGAUACAAUACUAGAAGGUUUUUACUCGAAUGCCAUCAAAAAGACCAAUGCCAGUGCUAGCUGUUUGCAGUCUAUUCUGGAAAAGUUGUCCGGUAUUGACUGCUUAUCGGGUGGUAAGGAUGAAGUGUUGAAAAAAAUGUUCGAUUAUCUGUACCUUGGCCCUGGAAAAGAAAAAGAAAUUAUUCACGGAAAGAUACGGUUGAAUACGAAGCUGCUCGCAAAUAUCUCCGUCCUGGCUGUGGUGACCAAACAUGUUGGUAAUGAACCACAAAUCGACGACCACCAUCUUCUAUGUUCCGGUUUGCUGACAGAAGAAUACGUCGAAGGUGAUCGCCACUUGCGGCUGCUCGAACGAAGGCUACUGCUUCAGAAUGUGGAUCAGUUGAUUAUGUCGGAAGAGGCUGAGCAGGAAAUCGAAGCAGGACCACUGGUUACGUACAAUGUGAAUGAGGCCUUAUUCGAUCGUCUGUGUAGUUAUCUGAAUUUCGAUAAGAAUGUACUGCCCGAAGAGGACAAAAUGGUUAAUGCACCGCUUCUGGAAGACAUGUGCUACGACCUGGAACUCUAUAUGCAAAUUUUCAACAUUCUGAUGCACCAUCAAGCCCACACAAAUGAGCAAUUUCGACGACUCCCAGUGAUUAAGAAGGUAUUACUCAAACUACAGCUGCUCAACAUGGGCUUCCAACGGUUGCUGGAGCAUGAUCCUUCGUUCUGCACUAACGAAGCUACCAUUAUUGGUGAACGGUUGCUGGCCAUCUUCCGAGGUCCAUAUCAUCCUGCGGUUGCAAUAGUGCUACAAGCAGCCGAUAUCUCAUCCAUCCUGAAGUGGUGCAGAAAUCAUAUCGACUUAGAACCCCACGACGAUUCAGAACAUGUAGAGCGCAUCACCCUGGAUCAACUACCGACUGGGCAACAUGUUCAUCGAUGCUACUUGCACACCAUGAUCCAUUAUCUGCAGUAUGAAGGGGCUGUGCUUGCCGCAGAUGUGCAUGAUAUGCUAGAACAUCUUGAACUAAACGUUUACAGCAGCUUGGACGUGUUUUAUAUUUUCGAUCUAUGUCGUAUCUUGCUUCGUCAUCCAUCAAACGAGAUUGUAGCCGAUUGGGUGCUGAAACAUUUGAUUAGUGUGUGUAAGGUACAUCACACGAAUGCGGGCAUAACGGAAGAAAUCAUAGAUUUGUAUGCCGAUCUCGUCCGGUUUGUAAGCCCAUAUGAAUCCAUGAUAAAAAACGUGACCAUCGUGCUCAAUUCAUUCGUGAAGAAAUGUAAACAGCAUAUCUAUUCUGCCGAGCUACAGGGCAAAAUAAUUGCCCAGAUUAAGCAUUUACUCCGAGCCUAUCCGCUAGACUUUGAGCAACCGAUGCACGAGCAGCUAUAUACCGGGCUAGUGCCUCUUCUAAACAGCUCUUGCUACUGCAUCAAGAUGGAGGUUGUGCGAAACUUUCUACACAUUUUCCAUUCCGCUUGGGUGUACGGUAAAGAUGCGCAGGUAUCGCGAAGCUACUAUAAUUUUCUGACCAUGUUGUAUGAAUUGGUGGACUUCGAGGUGAUUAGCAGCAUCAACGAUUUAGACGAACGGACGAAUGCAGUGAGCGGUUUGCUGCAGUUGCUGCUGGCUACAUUUCGCGUUUGCUAUGAACUCAGGAGACGCUCCCUUCAAGACUUCAUUCUGUUGACUUUGCAUGGGAAAUUGAGAGAUGCCAAAGUAGCUACGCUGAUACGUCAUGUGAGCGUUGUGAGUCGUAUUGAAAUCGUCAAGGUUGCCCAGACAAACAUAGACGGUCUGUUGGAUGUUUGGCUUGCGAAGGACUACAGCCUGAAAGAUUUCCCCUGUCGUCUGACUGGUGCCUCUGGAUCGAUUGAAAAUUUCGUACAAAUGCACCGCAAAGGUAUAGCGUUUGCAAUGCUCUGCAUGCAUCCUGAUCGCUUCCAGUCGUUCUGCCAGUCGGUAAUCGGUGUAGAGUACGAAGCCAUGACAAAACUAAUCUUACCUCGCAGUUUAGCAUUCCUACUUCCCUGGUUGGCUAAGUGCGCGGAAUUGGCACCGAAAUACGAGACCAUCGCCAACCAGGUACAAAAAGCUCUGACUCCGUUCCUGCGCAAGAUGGACUUAAAAUCGCAGCUAUUUGAUGUUAUGAAGCAUCUCAUAUAUCGAAUGAAGGAUGCAAAUGAAUUGGAAAAGCUUCUCGAACAGGAGAUUGCGUGGUACAAAGAUGAUUAUCAGUCCGUUAGCUACAUCCAUUACUCCCAAUCAAUGGUUUACUUACGGCAACAGAUUCUGAAAGCAGAUGGAACCACGGCGACGGUUCCGCUACUUAGUUACCUCUGCCAGGACAGCAGACAAUCGUUAGUCGAACGAUUGCUGUCCCAUGUGAAGCGGUGGCUUUGGGGUAGCGAAGAAAUGCAACAAAAGGUAAUUCAUUUGUUGCAGUACGUUACCGUGGUGGAACAGUUGCGAGAGUACAUUGAUCAACAGAGCAACGGAUCGUUUGCCAAGUAUCUCGUCCGCGAAGUGAUAUACUUCCUCGGUAACUUACUGAGCACUGUACCCAGACUCCGCUUAGCCAUCGUGAAUUGUUUCGAGCGUGUGCUGAAGCUAUUCUCUGCAAAGGCACAUGCAAUUCUCUCCAUACAUCUACAUUUUAUUGCAUCGUCUCUGCUGGAGGUAGAGGUAUUGGAUAGUGCUUCAAAACUUUCCGGAAAUUGCCUUGCACUGCUCCGUUUUCUCAUCGUCGACCAAUCGGAAUUGUAUCCGGAAGCAAUAGCGAAGCUCAAUUAUUUCCCCGCCGAUGAUCGUUUUGCUGAGCUGCGUACCGUUAUUGAGCUGCACAAAACACAAGGCCACGGUAGCGCGGUUUGCUCCUUGAAGGAUGAAAUUGUCGGGUUACUGGAACUGCCUUACCUGCGUUACGAAGAUCUUGCUGCUCUUAGGCUUGUGAUCAUCAACAAAUGCAACGAAUUGAAUGAUCUUUGCAAGGAGAUCGGAUCUUCGGGCGAUGAGAGUGUUCUGCAUCCGCUUGUUUUCAAGCUGCUGGAUGUUGUUCGUAGUUCUAGUUUUGAUAAGAAAUCAAUCGAAGCUAUGAGGUGCCUGGGGGAGCUAGGACCUCUCGAUCUGAAAUCCAUGCAGCUGAAGUCAGAUGUUGAAUCGAUUGUCUACGAAACGAUUGACACAUUUGACAACGCUGUGGAAAGGUGUGCCGAGAUCAUAUUGACCGAGCUUGAUGAGAUGCUUACUAGUAAGAAUGUUACCGUCGGUCGUAAUGCCUCGCUCGCUGCCUACGAACUGCUGCACGGAAAAACGUUUCAUUCGGCUGUUGCCAAACUACCCACCAUGAGCAUAUUUCGCGGACAAUCAACAGCCGAAGUAUCCUUGUUUAGCUAUUGCGAAGGCAGCGUCCCACAAUUGACUUCCUCUCUCGUUAAAAAAUGCAUUGGUUAUCAUUCCUUUGUGGAGCAAGUGUGCACCAUUUUAUUGAAAUUUUUAAGGAAUGAAAUGCUUAAAGUUUUGGUCGUGUACGAUCAAGGGUUUGCCGAAAAACUAGUUCCGUUGCUGAUUCAAGCUUCGCUGAAAUUGUGUAAAGAUGCGGUAAACAAGGAAAUUGGUCGUUUCAUUAAUAACUUUUUUGCCAUGUUCACUGUCAACGGGCAAGACGGUUACGUUCUAUUUAAUGAUUCCAAAUCGAUACAGUUGAUGCUGACGGUGGUUGAAUGUGUCCGAAUCAACAAUGAAAUUUUUCCUCAGUUCAGGAUUAAUUUGGACUAUCUGAAAAUAGCAAACGCCGCCCGCUACUGUCAGGCUCAUUUUAAAUCCAUCAUCUAUUGUGAGCUUUGGCAUCACAGUCUAGACAAAAAAAGAAGCGCUGAGAAUGAUCGCCAACUUAUGGAGAUCAUGCGAUCCUCCCAUAUAGCCAUCGGUGUAAACGAUGCUGUGAAAGAGUUUCUCAAUCCGCGCACUGAGCGUACAGAGUACUAUCAGUUGGAGCAAAAGUACAACCGUGCCCUCGUGUUUCGGGAUGCUAGCGGAAGUCUUAUCAAUCCAGGUGACAUCGGCGUCGAUCGCUCAAUCACCUUGCAACUGCUAAAGGACUCCAGUCUUUAUGGUUUGGCGCGGUACUUUAACCAAAAUGAGAAGGAGAUUGAUUACGAAUGCGCCUGGCGGCUCGCCGAUUGGUCCGCAGCAAUUGAUAUUAGUGAAAACGCUGAUCCUUCGAUCGUUCAAUGUGGCCCAGCAGUGGCAGACAAGCUGUUUGAACGUUCGCAUUAUAAAGCGUUGAAAAGCCUAACGCUUAAGGAUGAACUAGCUGCCGAGAGUGCUAUUUCGGAGGCGCGGCGAGCUAUUGCUGAACUGUUGAAACAUACGAGCACGGAAUCGAUGAAACACAUCUACACCACUCUGUGUCGCCUGAGGCAACUGGGGCAAAUUGAAGAUUUCGGUGAAAUUCUAUUUCAAAAGCAAAUCGAUUGUGAGCAGGAUCUGCUAGAUAAGUGGAACCAACAGGACUCUCUGCCGUAUAGUGAGUUUGAACUGCAGGAGCAAAUACUAUCACAGCGAUGGUCAAUUCUGCAGACGACUGUUGGUCGGACUCAACAAAAUUGGUUACUCGGUGCCAUGUGUAAUACGCUGUUGUUACUGAUCCACGAGUCACGCUCGCGUGGGUUGCAUGAUUGUGCCUUGCGCAAUCUAGCACUCAUCGAGACGGUCCAUCUACCGGCCAAUGCUCAGGCGAUUGUACUGCUGGAGGAUGCGCAACUGAACUGGGGCAUGGGAAAUCAUAAGCUGGCAUGUGAUCGUGCCAUGGACGUACUGGAGAAUAAACAGUACUGCGACAAAAUGGUCAAUGCCGUCGCCCUGCGCCUACAUGGUCAGUUCCAAGCGGAAAGUGAUUCCAAAGAGCUGGUAACGCUGCGCAGCGACUUUUUUGACAAAUCACUACUAUUUGUACGACAACUUAAAUCACAAGGAGACUGGUCCGCGCAAAAGGUUGUCCAAAGUAUGGUUCCGUAUAGUCAUCGGUGCUUCGAAAGUGACCGUAAUUUUACAGUUGUACACACGGUGGCCAAAUACGCUGAUCGUGAGUUUGUUCGGCUAAGCAAGUACUGCAAGUCACAGGAAUGGAGAAUGCGUCGUGAUAAUAUUAAUAAAAUGGAGAACGAGCUAGAACAACUAAAACUGGAAGCGACCAAAGCGGCGGACAAGGAACAACGUGAUAUGAGGAGGCUCGCGGCGUUGAUGCAAAAGAACAUGCAACGCGAUAAAAAAGAAGUGGAAAGAGUGGAACAAGACCGUCGAAACUAUCUGUUGAUGGCCUUGCAGUAUUAUAUAGACUAUAGCGGACAGAGUACGAUUGAGAGCGACUUUGUAAUUUUUCGUAUUAUAGCUUUGUGGCUAAAUAAUCUGCAUGAGGCCGGUGUUCAGCAGAUGAUGAAUGACAGAAUACAAGCCAUUCCAUCAUUCAAGUUCGUUCCCGUUCUACCACAGCUGGCUCCAAGAUUGAGCACGAAAUCAUCAGUAGGUGCCAUCGUACACAGUACGCUGGUACGGUGUACUCUAGCGCAUCCGCACCAUACGCUACCAUACGUGUUCGCACAGCUACACGCAUUCAAGGACCAAAGUGGCAUUGAUGUUUCACGCGAUGAUCGUCUUAUGGGUGCAAAAAAGCUGUACGGUGAUCUCUUGAAGUUAUCGGAUGUGCGCCCAAUUAUCGAGCAGAUGGAUCGUAUGAACCAGGCGCUCAUUGAGCUGGCGAACAAGAAUGUUUCUGGGAGUGCGAGUUUUCAACAGUACAAUAUGACGAGCAAGGACAAGCUACGAUCGCUAAAGGAUCUAGAAAGCAUUCACUGUCCCACGGUUGGGCUUCGUGUGAGCGAAACGGGUGACUAUAAGAACGCGAUAAUAGGUAUUGUUAAAUGGGAGCAAACUAUCAUCGGUGUCGGUGGCAUUAAUGCUCCGAAAAAGCUCAAGUGUCUUUGCGCAGAUGGGAAGGUGCGCACGCAGUUGUUGAAGGGCAAAGACGAUAUGCGUCAGGAUGCGGUAAUGCAGCAAGUGUUUGGUAUUAUAAACGUUUUGCUGCGCCACGACAAAGAAACGGCACGGAGGCAGCUGUCCAUACGGACAUAUAAGGUUGUUCCACUAUCGCGCCAGAGCGGCAUACUGGAGUGGUGUGAAAAUACGAUACCGAUUGGUGUGUGGAUGGUAAGUGGUCACAAAAAGUAUCGCCCGCAAGAUUAUGAUCCAUCGGAGGCACGCAAACGCUUCCAAGAGAACGCUCAACCGGGGAAGACGUUCGACGACAAGCUGAACAACUAUCGCAGUAUUUGUAAGCGGUUGCAACCGGUCUUUCGGUAUUACUUCCUCGAGCAUUAUCUCAAGCCAGGCGAUUGGUUCGCGCGUCGCCAGAAGUACGUGAAGAGUGUCGCUACGAGCUCGAUGAUUGGUUACAUCCUCGGUAUCGGUGAUCGGCACGUGCAGAACAUCCUGAUCGACAAGCGGACGGCUGAGGUAAUUCACAUCGAUUUUGGAAUUGCGUUCGAGUUAGGCAAAAAUUUACCAACACCGGAAACCGUUCCAUUCCGUUUGACGCGCGAUCUCGUCGACGGUAUGGGGAUGACCGGGGUUGAGGGUGUUUUCAAAAAGUCUUGUGAGAAAACGAUGGAAGUGCUCAGGAGCAACCAAGCUCCGAUUAUUACCAUACUGGAGGUGCUGUUGCACGAUCCGCUCUACUCCUGGAAUGUGCUGUCGAACAAAAGGGCAAACCAGCGCCAGCUGCAGGAUUCGCAACCGGACUCCACCGGCUGCAACGAAAUGCGUUACGUGCAACAAACAUCGGAUGUCAACGUUACGGCGGAGCGUGCCCUGAUGUUGGUGACGAAGAAGUUGGAGGGUAUGGAAGAUGAUAAGUACAUCUCGAUCGAAGGACAGGUUCAAAAGCUGAUUUUCGCCGCUACCAACGACCGGAACCUGUGCCAGCUGUUCCACGGCUUCCAACCUUAUCUAUGAAACUAUGUUGUGUUGCGCGAUAACAAUAGAAGUAUUACUUUAUUUUCCUU